AUGUCUGAAGAUGAAUCUGUUUCAGAUAAUGAGAGGGUUCUGGAAAUUGCUAAUGAAUCACUGUUACUUUGUGAAAGAAUACCUAAGUCCAAGAUAAUGCGCAAAGUAUUACGAUCGUUGCCAGGAAAAUUUGACAUGAAGGUCACUGCCAUAGACGAAGCACACGAUAUAACCAAAUUAAAGCUAGAUGAGUUAUUUGGGUCUCUGCUUACUUUCGAGAUGGCUAUAUCUCACAGAGAGAAUAAGAAAGGCAAGGUCAUUGCUUUUAAGUUAAUAUAUGAAGAAGAGACAACAAUAAAUAAAUCUGAUAACGAAGCAAACAUGAACGAAUCGAUAGCUCUUUUGAUGAAACAUUUUUCUAAGGUUGUCAAGAAAUUCAAAAAUUUGAAUACUACAGGAUCAAAUGCUCGAAAUCUGACCAAUUAUCGAAGAAGAGAUGGUAAGAACAAUACCAGAAGGUUUAAUGAAAUCUCAAACAUGAGGGAUAGUGACUAUGGACGAAAAAAGAAGGGUGAAGGAAGAAUUUUCAGGUGUAGAGAAUGUGAGAAAGUUGGUCAUUAUCGAGCUAAAUGUCCUACAUUCUCGAGAAGACAAAAGAAAAUUUUUUGUGCUAACUUGUCAGAUGAGGACACUGAUGAUAGUGAAAAAGAUAAUAGCAUGAAUGCAUUCACAGCAUGCACUACAGAAACCAAUUCUGGUGAAGUCAGUAAAAAUGCUAAAUUAUGGAAAUGCAAGUCAAUGCACCUACAGCAACGAAAGUUGUUAGCCCUUCAGCUAAAACUACUAGAUGAGUUUGUCAUUACUGUGGCUAGGGAGGUCAUAUUAGGCCAUUUUGCUAUAUGUUACAAAGAGACAGAAUGUAUCAAUAGAAGUGGAUGCUCUAAGCACAUGACUGGAAAGAGAUCCUUCUUCUCUAAAUUAAAGGAAUGUGCUCAGGACAUGUUACUUUUGGAGAUGAUCGUUGAAGGACUAAAAGCCAAUCUAAUCAGUGUAAGUCAGCUAUGUGAUCAAGGUUACAACGUGAAAUUCAGCAACGACAGUUGUGUGGUUAUGUUUGAGUUUACAAAGGGAAAAAGGGAGAAGAUUGUCAGAAUCAGAAGUGAUCAUGGUAAGGAAUUUGAAAAUGAAGAUUUGAGUAACUUCUGUAAAAUGGAAGGAAUACAUCAUGAAUAUUCUGCUCCUUUAACUCCUCAGUAG